UAUCGCGCGGGCGCGAAGAGUGUCCGCCGCGGUCGUAUUAUAGUGUGUUUAUAUACGCGUGGCGCCGCCGCGAUAUACGACAUUCGCGCAGUACGACAUACGUGUGCACGCGCGCAGUACACGAUUCACUGUACCAAAUACGCACACGCCGCAUUAGAUUAACCCGUGGCCCUUGUCGUCGUCGUCAUCGCCGCCGCCGCCGCUGAGUGAUAUCCGGCAGCGAUGGGCUCGCUGCCCAACCUGCACGAGCUGUGCAAACAGCAACAGCAGCAACCGGUGUGCGUGCCCGCGGCCCCGAGGCUGUCACCGUGCCCAGACCGCGGUGGUGGCAGCGGAACUAGCCGCGCUCAGCACAGGCGACUCCAGCAGACCAACAGUCUGUGCACCAACAACUUUUACGGCGUCAUCGACAUGCAAGUAGACGAGAAACCGUUUUCACCGACGUCACUCAGGUCAACAUUAUCCACCACGCACCGUCAAGUGUCCGUUGCCAACGCGUCUUCGGCGAGCGGCAAGAGACGCGACUCGCUGUCAAGCUCAGCUGGAGCCUCGUCAGUGCGCCGUCUCAUCGAAGUAGUCCGAACGACUCCAUCCAACAUGGGUCCAGUAUACAGCCGGAGACUGUUGUGCCGAAACUACGUCACUCUGUGCCUUGGACACGGCGCGGCAGCUGCUGCAUUGGUUCCGUUCAUGGCAUUACAGGGUUCUAUUUCCGCUUGGUGGUGGCCGGACAAUUUGAAGCAGAAUGGUGGGUUCACCACAGUCACCACGGACAUUGGUUCUGUCCUGCUGUCUGCAAUGUUUAGUUUGGCUGCGAUGAGCGCACUGUUUGGUCCGACGGCCGUCCACCGGCUUGGCACCAGGACAUGUCUGGUGGCCGGUUACUUGGUAUCCGUUGCGUUUGUCACCGUACACCUAUACCCAAAGGUGGUGGUACUGGUGCCCGGUUACUUUCUGAUGGGUGCCUGGUUGGGGUGCUGGACGGCGUCUCGGACAGCUGUGCUCAUGGCGCUUGCUUCUAAAAUGGCAUACGUGCUGUCCGACCGAGAGGAGUGCGAACUCGAGGGCAAUGGUCGGCGAGAAGCAGUGGCCAGGAAUCUGGCCAGGGGACUUCAGGUGGCGCACGAUGUGGGUUUGAUCGCCGGAAACGCGUUUGUCGCGUACAUGAUAAGUGGUACGCGGACAGACGACAUCCUCGGAACCAUGUUUGCCAGGGACGGUGGAUCCGGUACUGAUCGGACUUGCGGCAGCGUGGCCUGCCCGCUGGUAAAUACGGUGGAAAUCAAACUCGGGCCCACCGCCAACUUCUCGUCCAAUCAGACGGUCGCAUUGGUUGACGUUCGCAAUCACAUGGUCUUGCCAUGCAAAACCACGCAGCUGUUAGCCAGCGUCUUCGCCGGAUGCUGUUUUGUUGGCGUGGCUGUUACCGCGACUUUUAUGACCCGCAUCCGAUUAUUCGUGUACGCGUCCGCGUCUGAAAAACGAAAAUCGGACAGCGCCCGGUCGUUUGCGGCCGUCCGCGAUGCGUUCCGCAACACCAAACUUCAGCUCAUCGCACCUCUGUCGUUAUUCAUCGGACUUGAACAAGGAUUUAUCUACUCCGAUUUUUCCAAGUUUUACGUCGUGUGUUCAGUGGGUGUGUCUAAUGUGCCCACAGUUCUGCUGAGCUUGGGAGUGCUUCAACUGGUAGCCGGUUUUACUGUGAGUCUAAUCCUGCAACACAUCCGCCGAUAUCAUAUAAUAGUGAUUGGGUUGGCGUUUCAUUCGUGUUUGCUAAUGGUACUGAUGAAGUGGAAACCGUCCGGCGACGAUGCUGCKCUACUGUACGUCAUAGCAGCCGCCUGGGGUGUGUGCAAUGCCAUUUGGAACACACUGUGUUUUAACUUUGUGAUAUCGUUGUAUCCAGACUACUGGCACGGGCCGAUGGCGCACGGAUACUUCUUUCGGUACCUGGGCAUGGCGCUGGCGUUCGGAUUGCACAGCGCCGUGUGCAACACCACAAAACUGUACUGCCUGUCUGUCGCGCUAGUGGUGGCCGUGGUGCUGUACGGCUGGUUGGAGUGGCGGUUGCAGCUGACCGGCAAGCGGCGACGGACCGCCAACCGUUCAUCAUGACGACAGAAUAUCGGGGCCGCGUCCGGCAAGUAACCCGCCACUGCGCAAGUCAUCGGUCAAGCACUCGUGCUGCAGUCGUACACUCGAUCCGAAUCAUGGUCGAUGGCCGUGUGCCACCGCCACCGCCACUGGCCCGAAGAGURUUAUUUACGUCCAACACGACACUGCAACUACUGCAACGGUGGCCGCCACCGCAGCCGCCAUCAAUCGUCAUCAUCUGCAUCGCACCGCAUAAUAUUAUCAACUACUGUUUGCGAAUCGCCUGCAGCGCGGUGACGUACCGCCGAAUUAAAUACACAUAACACAAAAAUAUAUUAUAAUAAUAUUUAAUAUCAAUUAUUAUCGUAAUUAGUUGCAGCGGACCUGCAUAAGGCAAACGGACAAUAUUUAUUGGACCGCGUUGACCUUUAUGUAUUAUUAUUAUUACCUACGUUAUAUUAUUAUGUAACCGUAUUUGUUGUUGUUGUUGUUUUUUUUUUUUAACGAGACGUAAGUUUGAAAUAUUCGUCUUGAAUACGUAAUAAUGUAUGCGAAUAAAUAAUAUACAGGGUGAUUUUUUAAAUUUAUUUGACACGCCACUCGUAAUUCAAUACAAAAAAAAAUCGAUUUAAUUGCAUUUAUUUAUAACGUGUAUCGGCUAACAUUAACAAACGACAAACUUGAUUCGGAGAGAGGAUAUAGAGAACCGUUCAACUACCAAAACGAAUCGACUAAAAUAUAUGUWAUGCAGUUCACAUAAUUUGUAAAAGCCAUGUUUUACUAUGAGGUAUAUUCUGAAAUGACGAGUGGUUGUUUAAAAUAAAUCACACUGUAUAUGGUACAAUGUGCGUGAAUAAAAUUACGUUCAUUCUUGUAUACCCAAUCAKCUGAUAAAAAACGAUUUUUUUUAAAGACCAUAUGCGAUUAUAAAUACGAUUUACAGAAUUGGACAUUYCACUGCUACUUAUUCCUUAAAAUGCAUAAACAAAUCGUACUUUGGAAUGGCGUGCAAUAAACAGACACCACUUCCGCCCACUUUAGACUUACGGAAAACUCGUAAUACCCAUUGUGAUAAUAUUAUUAUCUAUUAUCACGUUAUAUAAGCGUGAAACCUAGAUGCUCCUACMAAAAAUAAAAAUAAAUAACUCCCAACAACUAUAUAUAAUAUAUAUACUAUACUAUACAUAUUUCAUAUAUUAUAACAAUAAUUAUUAUUGUUAUGU